UACCUCCAUAUGUGGCCCUUGGUGGCAGUGCUCCUUUUGGGUUCUUUUCACUGUGGUUUGGCACAGCUGACCUUUAAAAAUAUUAACUCUGUAAAGGCUAGCAACUGCAGCAGAGUUGUUCUUAUUCCAUGCUAUGUCUCCAACAUAGAGGCACAAGACAUCAACGAAUUAUUCUUGAAGUGGAAAUUUGGACAAGAUAUAAUUCUUGUCUUUGAUGGGCAUGCAAACAAAUCUACAACGUAUACGUUUCCAAGUGCACAAAUUUUCACCUCCGAAUUUCUAAAAGGAAAUGCAUCUUUGACGUUGGCUAAGAAUGAAGCUAAAGCAGGAAACUACACAUGUGAAGUGACAGAACUGAGCAGGGAGGGGAAGCACACUGUGGAGCUAAAAUAUAGUGAUGGCUCAUGGUUUACUUUAAGUGAAAAUAUUCCCAUUAUUAUUUUCCCAUUUUUGACUGUACUUCUGUUCUGGGCACAGUUUGGUAUUUUAAUGCAAAAAUAUAAAUCCAGCCCUGUGAAUAAGAAAAUUCUUAUUUUAUCUACUUCUGGACUAUUGUUCACCAUAGUUGUCACUGUUGGAGCCGCCCUUUAUAUCCCAGGUAAUUAUUCAAAAAGGAAAGGCUAUGGGCUUAUUUUCUUCAUUAGUCCUUCAGUGAUACCCGUGUUUCUUCAGUACCAUAAGUUUAAGCCAGCUAUCGGGAGGACCCUCCAGGCUGUGAUCAUGUUCACCAUUGCUCAAGGACUGGGUGUUGUACUCACUCUGGCGGGACUAUAUCUCACUGCAUCUGACUGUGUACCAAAAUAUGGCCUCCUUCUAAUUUCAGGUUUAGCCAUAAUAACUCUAGUGGAAUUAUUUGGACUAAUUUAUAUGAAAUGGCUUGACCCAAUGAUAGGGUUUCCAUAAGACACAAAAGUGCAGGCAGCGCUGUCUUUGUUCCCGAGUUUCACACUUUGUCUCACUGGCUCUCAAGGAAUACUAAAUCCAGCCAUCUCUAGUCCAGAGCAAGAUGCCAGAUGUUCCAAGUGCCACUGGGUCCCCUUGCUUUUCUCAUCGCUGAAGCCAGCUGAUUGUUCUCCAAGGAUAUUAUUUUGCCCAAGGCAGUGUGGACUUUGACAUUCCUUCAAGUUUCAACUAGAAUAUUGACUAGAGGAUAGUUUGUAGACACAUUACUUUGUAAAAAGUGUCAACUCCUUGAUUGUAACAGAAAACAAUAAAAACA